CGACGAGCAAAAGCCUGCCCAAGAUGGAUAGCGCGUCGGCCCAGCUUCAGCCUCUGUUCAACUAUCUCACAUACUCUCUUUCUAACUUGGAGACUAACUUCUAUAAGAUUCCUGGUUCUCACGUCGUCGCCCGCUAUGUCAAGUCGUCGUACCGUAACGAUCCUGGCCGUAGUCUCCUCGAGCUCAUUCUAGUCAUAUUCGCUAUCCGCACGCUCUUACAGGCUAGGACGCGUUCGGAAACUGGAACGAAACACUUCAUCCAGUUUUCUGAGAAGGAAGUCGAUGAGCUUGUGGAUGAAUGGAUUCCGGAGCCUUUGGGAGCAGCGCUCUCCCCUGAAGAGGAGAAUGAACUUGCUUCUAUCCCCGUCAUCGUUGGUGCGAAUGGUCCUAAGCCUAAACUCGCCAGCGGCAAGCAGGUCACCAACCUCGCGAGCUACAAUUUCACCGGUCUCGCUGGCAACGAAACCAUCAAAGAGCGUGCCAUCGACGUCCUGCGCAAGUAUGGUGUGGGCAGUUGUGGGCCUCCCGGAUUCUACGGUACUGUCGACAUACACAUGGAUCUGGAGCGCGAUAUUGCCGACUUUUUGGGAACCGAAGCUUCUAUCCUCUACUCCCAGGACUUUUCGACCAUCUCCUCCGUUAUUCCGGCUUUCUCCAAACGUGGAGAUGUCAUCGUCGCUGACCGUGGUGUCAAGUUCGCCAUCCAGAAGGGUCUCCAGAUCUCCCGUUCGACUAUCCGUUGGUACGACCAUAAUGACCUCAAGAGUCUCGAGGAGGUUCUUGAGAGUGUCGACAAGGAGCGCAGGAAGAAGAGGUGGCCUCUGACACGUCGGUUCAUCGUUACCGAGGGCAUCUUCGAGCAGGAUGGCGCAAUGACUGACUUGCCUAAGAUCAUCGAGCUGAAGAAGAAGUACAAGUACCGUUUGAUCUUGGACGAAGGUAUCUCCUUCGGUACUGUUGGAAGGACCGGCCGUGGCUUGACUGAGCUCUACAACGUCCCUGCGACCGAGGUUGACAUGCUGGUUGGUUCCGUCGCUAAUGGUCUUCACGCCUCUGGAGGUUUCUGUGCAGGUGCCACCCACGUUGUCGAACAUCAGCGCAUCAACGGUACUUCCUUCGUCUUCUCCGCCGCCACGCCCGCGCUCCUUGCCGCGAGCGGUUCCGAAGCCAUCUCCAUCCUACGCAACACCCCCUCUAUCCUCUCUACCCUGCACGAAAACAUUCGGACCAUCCGCUCCGUUCUCGAGCGCAUCGAUCUCAUCUCCGUCCCCUCACACGCCGCCAGCCCCAUAAUCCUCUUCACCAUCCGCACCCCAGCCGAACUCGCCUCCUCCUCGUCCUCCAGCACCCUCGCGCUCCCCACCGCCUCGCACCACGGACCCGGAAAACACUCCCAUUCGAACCCUACGUCCGUCCAGCCCCGCGAUGCGCCCGAGUUCGAUAUCGAAGCUGAGGAGAGGUUAUGUCAGGAGGUCGUGGAUGAGUGCAUGGCACAGGGGGUGUGGAUUAAUAGGGCGAAGAGGUUGAGGGGGCAGGAGUGGUUGGAGUGUAGGCCUAGUGUGAAGAUCUGUGUUACGGCCGGGUUGAGCAGGAAGGAGUGUGAGAAGGCGGCGGGGGUGAUCAAGGCGGCGGUUGUUAAGGUUUUGGGCAGGAGGCGGUGAGUGGUGGGAGGCUUGUGUAUACCCGAUCGACCUAGUAGGAUCUCGAGCUUGAGUUUCUUUUUGGUUACUCGUUAUUAGACGUAUGUUAUUUUAGUUGGCUGAUUAAUUGUUGAUAUGACCUCGUUUUGACGAGUGUCCUCUUAGCCGAACUGCCUUUGAGAAUGAACACCCUGGACCAUGACACCGAAAAUGUCGUUGAAGGUCUAUCUAAACG